UUUGUACUUCUUUGAACAUUUGGAUUAAAAGUUUGUUCAAUGAUUUCCCCAAAAGAUAAAAUUUUUACCCUUUAAAUGAUUUUUUAAUUAAAUUUGUAGUAAAAAAUCAAAGUUUUCAUAUUUGAAAACUAUUCGAAUUUGAAAUAUUCCCUGGGAAAUUGUUGAUACAAUCAUUUAGUCCCAAAUGUUUAGAGAGGAGAGGGGAAAUGUUUGUUGACCCUUUGGCUCAACUUACGUAAUUUAUUUUAAACUAUAAAGAAUUUAUUUAUAUUCCGAAUGUCCGCGGAGAUCAAUUUCCUAUCUGAAAGGAUUGCCAUAAAAUUAAGCAAUUUUCUUAAAGAAAGAUAUACUAUAAGUUUCAAGAGAAAGAUCAUUUUUAAAUGACGUAAUUGUUUAACGAGCCACAAAAUGUCAUCAUCGCGAAGACCUGGAUCCACCAAGUUUUACUGAAAAGGCACACUAAUAGUCAGACAACUAUGAAACUUUGGAAAUCAUUAAAUGACAAUCAAACAAAAUGCCAUAUUUUUUGCGUUGAUUCUUAUCAAGCAUUUCCCCGGAAAAUCCAUGAAGCCACAUAAAAAAUUGGAAGAUAUCCAUAAUCACACCUACAAAUCAUCUAAAAUUUAACGAGUUAUUAUCAAUAUUUUCUCAUUUUUCACGUUCUUUGUAAAUUCGUAGGGAAUCAUGGAUUAGAGGGACAUAAAAAAAAAUACACAGUUUCUUGAUUUUCUCAUUAAUUAAUGACUCACAGAUUUUCAUAGUCUUGCUAUCUAUUUUUCUAGAUUUUCGGUAACGAUUUUCAGCUUUUUACAAAAGUUUACUGAGAAUGCAGGAAAAUUUUUCAAUGAUAAUAAAACUUCGUGGAAUACUAAUAGAACAUGACAACUGUACAUUUUUUUACGUCAAGUUUCUCAAUUUUUCCACAGAAAUUAUAAAAAAUAACUCGAAAAAUGAAAAGACAUCGAAAUGUUGCAGCUUCAGAGCCAGUACAGGACAUUAAGACGCCCCUUCUUCUACUGGCUGGUGGUGGUAUUUAACAGAGUUGAUAAAAAACGAAUUAAGGAAAUAGGACCUGAUCGAGCUUGCGCUGAGUGGCUUUUGAGGAAUGGAGCUGCUGUCAAGUGGACGAAUGGUCGUACUUACCUUAAAGACUACAAUGCUCUUCUCCAAGAGACAAAGGUCGUCAGCAGGGCCUCUUAUAUUCAAGGAGUUGAUGCCACUGAUUCUGGGAUUAGUCACGACGGUUUUCCUCACUUUAACGGCUGCAAAUAUGUGGAAUCAAUGAAACUCGUUAAUUGUUUAUACAUCGGAAAUAAUGCGCUGAAAUUGUUGAGUAUAUUGAAAGACUCUUUGCAAUCUCUGGAGAUUACUAAUUGUGGAAAUGUAUCUAACGCAGGACUUGAACAUUUAAAGAUUUUGCAGAACUUGAAGACGUUGAAGCUUUCGAAUCUCCCAGCUGUUGAAAAUGGUGCAUUGGUCGCUGAAGAACUGAAGAAGUCUCUCCCCAAUUGUCAAAUUGAUUUUCAAUAAAGUUUUGAUAUUUAG